CAAAUUUGGAGAUGCGUCGGGGAUGAAGCAAGCGAACUCAACAACUAUAAAUGCCGUUUAUCUCUAACCAGGGUACAGUUCAGCUCCUAGCUUCCCCGAUCACAACACAACAUGGUCUGCAAGGUUGUUAUCUUUUCCUGCCUUUUGGCAUUAGCUUAUGGAAGCGUCGCUCCAGCUGCGUUCGCCGCUGCACCAGUGGCCUACACUGCUCCAGUUGCUGCGGCAAGACUGGAAGAAUUUGAUUCUUUCCCUCAAUACCGUUUCGGAUACAACGUUGCUGACUCUCUCACUGGUGAUUACAAAAGCCAGCAGGAACAACGGGAUGGUGAUCUUGUGCAGGGAUCGUACUCCGUUGUUGAGCCUGACGGCACCCGCCGUGUUGUGGACUACGCUGCUGAUUCCGUCAAUGGAUUUAACGCCGUCGUCAGAAGAGAGCCUUUAGUUGCUGCCGCACCCGCUGUGGUCGCUGAACCAGCCGUUGCUGUUGCCGAGCCUGUUGUUGCUGCUAAAGUGGCACCUUAUGUCGCUCAGCCUGCAGUUGUUGCCGCCCGCUAUGCCGUAGCUCCAGCCGUGCCGGCCACUUAUUACAGCAAUGCGGCCGUAGCUGCAGCUAGAUACGCAGCAGCACCUGUAGCCACUCCCGUAGUGGCUAGAUACGCCACAGCGCCCGUAUCAGUCGCCGCUCGAGUGGCGGCAAGAUACGUAGCUGCACCCGUAGCUGCCCCGGUCGCCGCCCCAGUAGUGGCUCGAUACGCAACAGCGCCGGUAGCUGCUCCAGUAGUGGCUAGAUACACUGCGGCCCCGGCUGCUCCCAUUAUUGCCAACUACCCUGCAGUGGCUAGCUACGCUACAGUUCCUGCAGCCGCCGCAUACACAGCUUACUCUUCUCCGGUUUAUUCCUCCGGCUAUGCGCCCGUAGCUGCUGCGUACACCUUGCCAGCCGCGUACACUCAAGUAGCCCAGCCCACCUCCAACUUGCCUGCAGCUCCAGCUCGCCUCACUGCUGCCCAGGAGCAGGCGACGAACUCAGCGGCUGCUCCGGCUAAGCUCGUCCAGAACGAGGCUGCUGGAUACAGAUACCCUUGAUCACCACGGAGCUCACGAAGAAAGACUUGAUCUGUAUAUAAUAGCUCAAUAAAUAUAUUUUAUACCUUUG